GUCAUUCUUUCUUCUGCCUGUGGCUAUUGUCUCAACCUGACUCUGCAGGUUGUGCGGAACCAGGCCACGCCCACAUUUCUUUCCUAGAAGCGCUGGGGGAGGAGACGAGGAUGUCCCUGCCCCUCCCCCCACCUUGUCUUCUGACCAAAAGGAGCUCGGAACUGAGGACGCCUGGUGCCCCGGGACCCUUUUCUUUUUUCCCGAAAGCCAGGAGACCGGAGCGCCUUAAACUGAGCUGGGCGAGCGCAGGCACCACCAGCCCUCCGACCCGCAGGGGAGGGGCGGCGGCGGGGUCUUGUCGGGCCCACCAUAGAAUCAAGGCCAGAAAAGAUGGAGGAGCUUCACCAGAUGGACUCACUGGGGCUACUUUGCUGCCUCUACAGGGAGCCUGGAGUGCCAGGGAUGACCUUUGAGAGGGACAGACUCCCAGCCCAGGAGGCGGUGACAUUCCAGGAUGUGGCUGUCGAGUUCACGUGGGAGGAGUGGCGCCUCUUGUCACCUCCCCAGAAGGAGCUGUACAAGGAGGUUAUGCUGGAGAAUGUCUGGAACCUGCACUCUGUGGGGCUUCCAACUCCCCCAGAAGAUGUGAUCUCUUAUUUGGAUCUGAGGGAAUUCCCAUGGAUGCUUGAACAAGAUGGCCUGAGGAGCUGCUGCCCAGAAGGAAAGAUUAGACCUGAAAUGAAGGUGAAGCCAACAGAAAUGAGCCUUCCUGUAGAAGAAAUGGACCUACAAAGAUUCAUGAGUGAUGGUCCUGAUAACUUUUCUUUAAAAGAAUUCUGUGUUUCACCUCCUAAUUUAUCUCAUAUUGAACAUCAAAGAAUGUACACCAAGGAAAAAUCUAAUGAACAUAAUCAGAACGGAAAGACUUUUACAUAUAGGUCUAGUCUUACUGGACAUCAAAAGAUCCACAUUGGGGAAAAGCCUUAUGAAUUCAAGCAAUGUGGAAAGAUAUUCAGUCAGAGCUUCCAUGUUGCUGUGCAUAAGAACAUUGCGGUGAAACCUUAUGAAUGCAAGCAGUGUGGAAAGACAUUUACUUGUAGUUCCCAUCUUGCUGUUCAUCAGAGAAUCCAUACUGGGGAGAAACCUUAUGAAUGUAAUCAAUGUGGAAAGACAUUCACUUGUACCUCCCAUCUUGCUGUACAUCAGAGAAUCCACACUGGGGAAAAACCUUAUGAAUGCAAGCAGUGUGGAAAGACAUUCAAUCAGACUUCCAGUCUUGCUGUUCACCAGAGAAUGCACACUGGGGAGAAACCUUAUGAAUGUAAGCAGUGUGGAAAAACAUUCAGUCAAAACUCUGCUCUUGCUGUUCAUCAGAGGAUCCACACUGGGGAGAAACCUUAUAAAUGUAAGCAAUGCGGAAAGACAUUCAUUCAGAGGUCCAGUCUUGCUGGGCAUCAGAGAAUCCACACUGGAGAGAAACCUUAUGAAUGCAAGCAGUGUGGAAAGACAUUCAGUUACACCUCUAGUCUUGCUGUACAUCAGAAAAUUCACACUGAGGGGAAACCUUAUGAAUGCAAGCAGUGUGGAAAGACAUUCAGUCGGAGCUCCAAUCUUGCUGUACAUCAAAGUAUCCACACUGAGGUGAAACCUUAUGAAUGCAAGCAGUGUGGAAAGACGUUCAGUCAGAACUCUGCUCUUGCUGUUCAUCAGAGGAUUCACACUGUUGAGAAACUUUUUGAAUGCAAGCAAUGUGGAAAGGCAUUCAGGUGGAGUGACAAUCUUGUUGUACAUCAGAGAAUCCACACUGGUGAAAAACCUUAUAAGUGCAAUCAAUGUGGGAAGACAUUCAUUCAGAGGUCCAGUCUUGGUAGACAUCAAAGAAUGCACACUGGAGAGAAACCUUAUAAAUGCAGACACUGUGGAAAGACAUUCAGUCAGAGCUCCCAUCUUACUGUUCAUCAGAGGAUCCACACUGGGGAGAAACCUUAUGAAUGCAAGCAGUGUGGGAAGAAAUUCAGUCAUAAUUCAAGUCUCGCUGGACAUCAGAGAAUCCACGCUGAAGGGAAACUUUAAAAAUACAAGCUUUGUGGAAAGAUUCAGGUGUAGCAACAAUCUUGCUGUGCAUCAGAAUCCACACUGGGGAAAAACCUUAAAAAUAUAAGCUUUGUGAAAAGAUGUUUAUAUGUAGCUCCAGUCUUGCUAUUGUAUGAAGGGAACUUAACCUCUCCUGUCUGGGGCAACAUGCCUGGCAUGAGCCUCGACUUGACUCAGAGGCAAGAAUCAUGAUGGAAACCAUUGAGUGUGGAUAGAAUGGCAGCAGGAAAAGGCAGCAAUAGAGAAGAGGAAUGCCCCUCUAUGUGCACUUGUAGUUAAUACCUUUUUGUAAUUUGGGAUGGCUACAGCAGGGGCAGAUACUUAUCCUGUUCCAAUUUAGAGAGAUCUGACAUGUGCCAGACUCUAUUCUAAGUGGUUGAGUUUUUUGUCAGUUCUAUUAGGGGAUUAUCCAUAGCUAGGAAUCCACUGUCUACAAAACCCUGUUUGUCCUAGAAUUGCUCUAAUGUGAAUUUUAAAACUACCCCACCCUACUCAGACUGUACUUUAGAAGAUCUGAUUUAGCCAUUUCCUGAUUAGUAACAAAGGAGGUACUUGGUCUAACAGAAUCAAGUCUUGGGAACUCUACCCUUCACCCUACUUAGUUUAAUAAGGUCAGGAAUGUCUGCAUCAUACUCAAGGAUUAAGUAAGUGUCUGAGAAAAUGGCCUUCAACAGAUGUGCAGAAACUGCGGACAAUUGUAGGACAGAUAACUGCGCUGUCCUACAUCAAGCUAAACUAUCAUUGGUACAGAUGAGAUGCAGGAAACUGAUGUAAAACCGUCUAUAUAAGGCAUGUCACUUCCUCUCUUUGCACUCUUUUUCCGGAGAGGUGUUUCUGGUUGGCAGUGUACUAAGUGUUCUGAGAUCUUGGCGUUGUGACAGCUAUUUAUCUGGUUUUUUGGCAGGGAGUUUGCCCUUGAGCUAAUUCAGAUUCAGGCAUCUUGGCUGAGCCCUCUUGGAGUUCAGGCUGAUUCCUUCCUCUUUUACUCUCCAAAACCUUGCCUUCUAGAGCUUCUAAUCUUCCUGUCUGGCAUAAGCCAGGUGGGAGAAAUCCUACACCCUUUUCCUUCUCACUUCUUAAAUUUAUUUCCACCAUAUUAAUGUAAGUCACCAUACAUUUCCAGACUGACUUGGGUAAAUUUUUUUUUGUUGUUAUUUGGGACAUCCAUGGCGGCCAAUAAUUAAUAUAGUUUAUGUCACAAUGCUAAAAUUAUCCUUUACACUAAUCUGUUUCUUAGUGGAGGGUGUGCUUAACUUUUGAAUAUCCUCAAUGAGCUUAGGGGAAAUAAAAGGAGCACCAGGAGCUAAAAUGAGCCCAUAACACUUCACUUUGGGGAGACACCACUGAACUUUUGCCUCUGAGAUCUUGUUUCCUUACAUAGAUCCAAAAUACAUUUGCUUUUUUCUUGGCAUGUUGUGGCAUUUGGUGGGGACACAAGUAAAAUUACAAAAUGUAUCAGGUGUUUUGCUUUAAUCUAACUUUUUAAAUCUUGUGUUAAAAUGCGAGAAAAUAAAGUGAGAUUUUCAAAGCACCCUUGGGGGAAAAUAACACCAUGUCCCUUUGGGACCUUUCCAAGUGGAGGCAAAUACAUUUCUGGAAUCUCCUUAAAUGGGUAUCCAGAAAAAUCCUGAAUAGAAAUCUGCCAUAAAAUAUGAGGUAGUGCUAGGGAAAAGGAGAUAAUUGUGGGGGGCUUAAAACCAUAGGGUGUUUUGAUUGUUACAGCCCUUAAAUCUUGUACAAAUUGAUAGACAGGUUUUCUAUUUACAUCUAAUUUUGACUUUUUAACAGGCAAGAUAGGUGUAUUCAGUUUUACAUGGUGUUACCUGUUAUUCAAUUAAUUUUUCACUAUAGUAUUUCCAUCAGUUGCCUCUUUUGAUAGGGGAUAUUGAAGAAUGGAAGGAGGGUGAGCCACCUUUUGUUUUGAUUUGAUCAGGAACAACUGAUUUGAGUAGGCCUACAUAGGAAGAUGUGGCCCAGAGAGAUUCAAGUAUAUCAGCUGGUAUUUCAAAGGUGUGAAGUUUGUCUACCUUCUGUCUAAAAGUAGUACAGGGAGGAAAUUCAAAUAUUCCUCAGGCAAUUCUAGUGUCAGCAGCAUCUUGAGCACAUGUUAUUAUGAUUCUUAAGUUUACAUAAAAGUUCCCUCUAUGAUUAAUAGGGGAGCUAGGCAUUAGAAGGAAAGAAUGUUCUACUGAUAGAGGUACCACAGACACCAUUUGAGAGGAAAACUUUGGGACCUUCAGAGUUGCUCUGGAUACACCUACUAUAUUUAGGGAGUAAAUAGAACUGCACAUGGAAUCGGGUUUACUUAACACUGAUUUGGAAGCUUGUAAGACUUAAAAUUGUUGAAGGCCAUAAACUGGUGAUUAAAAUAGUGAAAGACUUGAGUUGUAGUACAUAUAAGAGUAGAUGUAAAUUGUGACCGCAGAAAAUAUGUUUCACUACAGUGUCUUGUUUCAAAUCAAUAUAUAAGGUGGUCGCCAGGAAAAUAUUCCCAAUUAUUCAAAUAUACCCAAGUCAGCUGGGUUUUAUAGAGACUUUAAUUAAUACAAAUGAGGAAUUAAAGAAAAAGAUAGAAAGAGAGAAAAAAAGGAAAUAAUGAGAAAGGGAUAAGCCGGCCCUGGCCAGUCCUGACCAACCCAGACCUAAGCCCUAAGAGAAAAGAUCAGUCAGUCCUUAAUCACUCACCACAAGAUCUGUCCAAGCAAGGAUUCUAGUGACACCAGGCCAGCUCCAUCUCAGUUGACUUCACCAGCUCAAUCCUCUAUCUGAAUGUCCCCGAGUCUCGAGAGAGACCCUUCAAGGCAGCCUUUUCCCAGCUGACUGUUUUUAGAGAGAGCUUUUCGUCUCUUUUUAAAGGGCAUUUUCUCCUAUGUCACCUCCCCUAAGUUUUUCCAUCUACCAAUCAUAGUAGACGUUUUCCAAAGGACAGCCCAUUCUGAAUUCACACCUGAGUAGACUAAACUUUUGAGUAAUCUACACCUGAGUAGACUAAAAUCUCUAAGUUCUCACCUCUUUGUUCCUUGUAAAUUCACAAACUGCCUGACCUUUAUAGGUACUUAGCACCCCUUUGUAUUAGUUCUAAAAAUAGGCAUGGCUUAAGUAUGGGUUUAAGUACUUUUCAUCAUUAAGUUCAGCAAGGAGUUUUCUCCCCUAAAGCAGGCUUAAGUACGGGUGUAGUAGAGGUCUCACAUUUCUGAUCUAAGUAGAGUUCACUGCCCAAAUGGGGAAUGGUCUUAAUCCAAUCUUAUGAAGUAGGGUCUGGGAAUAUUUAAGGUUCACAAUCCCCCCAUGAUGAUCAAUGGGAGACUAGUCUACCCAUUGAUCAUUUAACAUAAUCAUCUUGUAGUCCUAAACACACUUCUAACUAUAGAUAUACACAAUAUUCAAUUUUCUAAGAGAAAUUAGAGUAAUGAGGGAGGAAAUAGAAAAGAAAGAAAGCAAAACCAAUGUUUUGCUGGGUGCUUUGACAGAAAGCCAAAUUAGGGGCAGUCCCUUUUGGCAUAAAUGUGUACAUUUACAAUAAAUGUUCAAUCAAAGUUCAGUU